AAUACAUCUAUAUGCCGAGAAUCAAGGAAAAGACUUCCUGAUGAAGACGAACAGUUGGAUUUUGCUUACAGAAAGAAAUAGUAUGUACACAGAAGUGCUGGGAAGUUUAUUAUUGUACAGAUGUGUAUGACCCUGUAUAACCCCUCUCCAGAAUGGAGAUUCAGUAAGCCCCCAUCUCACAGGCAAUGGUAUUAAGACAAGCCUGUGGCUGCCAUGGUUACAUUCAGCGACUCAGUUGACAUCCUCAAGAUGCAACCGUUAGCCUGCAUCUCCACUUCGCAUUUGCCUGGCCUGCGACGGAAACAGCUGCUGUGGCAGAAUGCCGUCAAACACAUCAUCAGCCAGCGGGGCCUGAGGGAGCAGUUCGGCGUGGAGCCCGCCCGGAAGAUUCAUGUCACCGAUGCCUACAUCGAUGAAAUCAACCAACAGAUACGCAGCAAAGCAUCACGGGGUAUGACCAAACGGCGUUCCUCCGUUGCCAGGGUCCAUCCCUCCUUUUUCGGAGAGCGUAGCAGCUCUUCUUUUACACAGACCAAAACGCCUGCGGACUACAUCAGCGAUGCUGACUUUUUCGUGCACUGGGGCCACAUCAUCCACGGUGUGUAUGUGCCAAUAUUGAGACACACCUUCAAAUCCCAAGACCUUGAGAAACUUUACCAACGUCAUUCCUCACACACUAGACGAACUUCAUUAGUUGUCACCAACAUCAUUGAUGUAGCUGCCAAACUGCACCUGCUUUUGCUGUACCUGGGUUUGGCGCCGGGGGAAUCGGAUCUGUUGCUGGGCUGCCUCACUGGGAUUUUCAUGGCCUGUGCGGCCACCCUGUGCCUUUUGGUACUUACCUGCAAACGCUCGCAUUCACCAAGAUGGUUGCAUUAUGCUGGCAUUGCAAGCUGGUUGUCACAGACUGCUCAGGUAUUGGGUGGAUUGGCGUACGGGUUGGAGAAAGACCAAUCCUGGUAUGUUCUGUUCACCCUGUUUGCCACAUACACCCUGCUACCAUUGCCAUUGCUCUGGGCUAUCGGUCUUGGCACGCUUACCUCCAUACUACACCUCAUUGCAGAGACUGUACGCCACUUCAGUGAAGUAGGACUGCUGAGAAAGAUUCUGGCCAAGGCUUUACUAUAUAUAUGCAUGAAUGUGGCAGGUUUGUUUAUCCAUUACCUGACUGAUCGUUCCCAAAGACAAGCCUUUCUUGAGACGCGGCGCUGCAUCGAAGGCCGCAUGAAGCUGGAAACUGAAAACCAGAGACAGGAGCGUUUGGUGCUGUCUAUCCUGCCUCGCUUUGUUGCCUUGGAGAUGAUUGCUGAUAUGAGCUCUAUGGAUGAUGAGCUCGAUCCACAGGAAUUUCACAAAAUAUACAUCCAUCAGUACAAAGAUGUCAGUAUCCUCUUUGCUGACAUAAAGGGGUUUACGCUGUUGUCUAUGAACAUGUCUGCUCAAGAGUUAGUGCACUUACUCAAUGAGCUCUUUGGACGUUUUGACAGGCUAGCCGAGGAAUAUCACUGUUUGAGAAUAAAGAUCUUAGGGGACUGUUACUACUGUGUGUCUGGUGUUCCUGAACCUCAGAGGGCGCAUGCUCAUUGCUGUGUGGAGAUGGGAUUAGCCAUGAUCAGCACCAUGAGAUUUUUAAGGCAACAACUGAACUUUGACAUGGACAUGAGAAUUGGCAUCCACUCUGGUUCGGUUCUCUGUGGUGUUCUUGGCCUGCAGAAGUGGCAGUUUGAUGUUUGGUCCUGGGAUGUAGGCAUUGCCAACAUGCUUGAAGCAGGAGGGAUUGCUGGACGCAUCCACAUUUCACGUGCUACUCUGGACUGCCUGGGUGGAAUCUACCAAACAGAGGACGGGCGUGGAUAUGAUCGCAACGAGUUUCUUCGAAAACACAACAUUGAAACAUUCCUUAUCUGCCACAAAGAGGAGGACCUAGAUCAAGUGAAAGCAGAACCUCUAAAACCCAGACAAAAGAUCUUGGCAUCUUUCAGCAACACCUCUUACUCGCAGCUACCUAAUUCCUCAAUGCUUAGGUCCACAUCCAAGGAGAUCAACAAACGGAUCGAGCAUGCUAUUGAUCUCCGCAGCAGUGAGCGCAUGCGUCAGGAACACAUCACUCCAACCACGCUGGUGUUUAAGGAUACGCACAUUGAGGAGAAGUUCUCACAGGUGAGGGAUGAGAUGUUUAAAACCAAUCUGGUUUGCUCCUUCAUCAUGUUUGUCCUCCUUUUGGCUCUCCAAGCCAUCAUUCUUGCACCCAGGUUGUAUUGGUGGUCAGCAGUCCAGUUCUGUGUAUUCUUGCUGGGAUAUCUGGUGUUGCUGGUGAUGGUCCUGGCUGAAGAGUUCAAAUGUUGUCCUUGUGUCCUUCAGCAAUUCUGCUGCUGGAUCCAUGAAAACGAUAAAAUAAGGAACCUGCUCACUGUCAUGGCUAUAGCCAUGAACUUUGGAAUAGCUCCCUGUCAUAUGAUAUGGUGCAGUUUUACUGAGACAGGGGCAAUAAGCAUGAACGACACAGAGGAACAUCAGACCAGCAAAAGGCCACUAUCUGUGUGCCCCUACCCAGAGUUCUUCAUCCUGAGUGGUGUGGUUUCGAUGGUGACCUGUGCUGUAUUCCUGAGGAUGAGCUCUAUGUUGAAGUUGACUAUUCUUUUGCUGGUGGUGGCCGUCUAUGCAUACUUUAUCGAAGUGUCUUUCCACACGCUCUAUGGAAAUCAAACAGGGCAGGAACAGUUAAGCAGGCCUCAGUACCUAAGAAGAAAAGGAGUCUCAAUUCUGUUGAUGGCGAUGUUUGUCAUUGCUGUGUUUUACAAUGGCCGACGGUGGGAAGCUACAGCACGGCUGGACUUCCUGUGGCGUCUGCAGGCUCAGCAGGAAGUUCAGGAGAUGAGAGAGCUGAGGGAACACAAUGAGUGCCUACUGCAUAACAUCCUGCCCGCGCACGUCGCUCGUCACUUCCUGGAGAGGAACAGAAACGACGAGGAGCUGUACUCACAUUCCUACGAUGAGGUGGGAGUGUUGUUUGCCUCCAUUGCUGGCUUCAAUGACUACUAUGAGCAAAAAGAGAUCAAACGUGAGGGUGUCGAGUGUCUCAGAUUGCUCAACGAGAUCAUUGCUGGCUUUGAUGAGCUGUUGGAGGAGACAUAUUUUAUGGACAUUGAGAAAAUCAAAACCAUUGGCAGUUGCUACAUGGCUGCAUCUGGUCUGUCACCCAAUAAACAGUCUCAUUUUGGAAAUGACUGGCAUCAUCUCAGUGAGUUGGUUCUGUUCGCUCUGGCCAUGCAGGAGACCCUGAGAGAGAUCAACAAACACUACUUAAACCAUUUCCAGCUCCGUGUCGGAAUUGCCCAUGGUCCUGUUGUUGCAGGUGUCAUAGGGGCCACCAAACCCCAGUAUGAUAUCUGGGGCAUGACAGUAAAUCUGGCGAGUCGUAUGGACAGUACUGGGGUCAGUGGAAGGAUCCAGGUUCCGGAGGCCACACGUAAUAUUCUGGCAGACUGGGGCUUUGUGUUUGAGAUGCGUGGUGAGAUAUUUAUAAAAGGGGUCAGUGAGCGACAGGGACGUAUCCGGACGUACUUCAUCCGCACCAAAAGGCGUGAGAUGACCAACAAUGAAACUGUCCGAGAAAAGAACGGGCACCACGGAAGGACCACCCUGGCGGCCGUCGUCUUCAGCCUUGUGCAAGCCAAUCAUAGAGAGAAACAAAGAGGCGCCAAUGGAUGUUUCACCUUGCCAAGCAAUAAUGAAGUAAUGAUGUGAAAUAUCAAUAAUAAUAUGAUGGACAAUCUGCUGACAUGUCAAAACUGCCUUCAUUUUGGAAACGAUACCUCAAAGAUCAUUCAAAUGAUGUCUUUAUAGAUUCUUAUGGUCAAUAGAAAACAAAUAAAAGGACUUAUUUUGGGAACUUAUUUUUUCUUCUAAUAAAACUAUAA